AUGCAACAGAGACAUUGGCUUAGCGAGCAAAAACAGGACAAGUGUUUGGUACUUGUGUCUGCACGUCAGUCUGAUGCCAUCAGACAGGGAGUGUGUGCAGGUUUAUGUUGUGUAAUUUGUGUUUGUUAUUUCAUUUUCUGUUAGCAGAGUCAAAAUGGAAGCAAGGCUGCAUCAUUACCUGACUGUAUUUCAUACAGCUUCAUUUUCCACAGCCACAACCAGCUGCUGAAAGAGAGCGUCGCUGGUAUUGUUGCAUCCUCAGUCUCCUCCUCUUUCCCCUCCCUUCACUCACUCAUCCAUCCAGCCGUCCAGCCACCCCCUCUCCUUUCUACACACACAACCCCGUUUGCGCAUCACCCUCCUCCGGCAUCAUGACUAACGAUUCCCCGGAGGAGGAGACCCGAGUUCCGAGCUGCGGAGGAGCAGGAGGUGGAGGCGGAGGAGGGAGAGGCAUCCCGCGGAAAAACCGAGCGGACGACAAUGUGACUAUCCUGACACCCUCCAUGGAUUACCACAGAGCCAGCCGGAGCCGGGCCAGCAGCAGCACCGAAGCUGCCCAGAGCCUCACGUCCUCCGUGGACCUCAGCACCUCCUCCCUGGAGCUAAGCAUCCAGACGCGGAUCUUUAAGAUCAUCGUCAUCGGGGACUCCAACGUGGGGAAGACCUGCCUCACCUUCCGCUUCACCGGAGGCAGCUUCCCCGACAAGACCGAGGCCACGAUCGGCGUGGAUUUCAGGGAGAAGGCGGUGGAGAUUGAAGGGGAGACUAUAAAGGUUCAGGUAUGGGACACAGCAGGCCAGGAGCGCUUCCGUAAAUCCAUGGUGGAACACUACUACCGGAAUGUCCAUGCAGUGGUUUUUGUGUACGAUGUUACCAAGAUGACUUCCUUCCGCAACCUACAGACAUGGAUAGAGGAGUGUAAUGGCCAUAGGGUCUCAGCAUCAGUGCCUCGAGUCCUGGUGGGAAACAAGUGCGACCUUGUGGACCAAAUACAGGUGCCCUCCAAUAUGGCACUGAAGUUUGCAGAUUCCCACAACAUGCUGCUGUUUGAGACGUCAGCCAAGGACCCAAGGGAGAGUCAGAACGUAGACUCCAUCUUUAUGUCCUUGGCUUGCCGCCUGAAAGCCCAGAAAUCCCUCCUCUACAGAGAUGUGGAGAGAGAAGAUGGGAGAGUGCGACUCACGCAAGAGACUGAAACAAAGAGCAGUUGUCCAUGUUGAGGACAAGAAGGAGAAGGAGGCAAAAUUAAAGUGAGGCAAGAAGAGUGACUGAUGGGAGAAUGAGCCUACAGCGAGUGUGUUUGAGAUUGACACUAAGAGUAAUGUGCUUCAAAGAUUAGAAGAACUGGGUAGGAGAGGAGGGAUGAACCUUGGUUGAACUAUUGUCAAUACUUUUUUGGAUGUAACAUUUAUUAACAAUUAUGUUACGUGAUGAGGUUACCUUUCAGUUUACAGUGUAGAGCAGAAAUCCUUCCACGUAUUCAUACUUAAGUACAAACUUAGUAAAUGAACUGGGUCCAGAGCAGGAAAAAACAUGGAUGCCAUAAGGUAACUCUUUCCAAAUGAUCAUCCAUCACUGCAGCUUUUAUUAACAGCAACAUAUUCAACCUUUCAAAUCACUGUCCUGUGUCUCAAUUAACAUACUUCCUAAUUUAUACAGUACAUGCUCUUUUGACCAGUUUUUCCCAGACAUGGUUUAAAUAAUUGACUGCAUAUAUUGCAAUUAGUGGACAGGGAAACCAUUGGUUUCUGAAGUGCUAGGUUAUAUUAGGUUGUGAUUUGCCCAUUGCAAUGUUGGAUUUUUGGAGUCAGACAUGACCAUAUUUGGACAACAGAGGGUCAAGGGGAGCGCUAAUGCUAAAUGCUAGUUUGCCACCUCAGUAAAACAGUGUAAUAUCAUCAAUAAACAGAUGUUAAAAAAGAUCAUUAACUACUGGACAUCAUUCUAUUCAACCUGAGAUAUAAUUUAAGGAGCAGUAAUUUAAAGAUGAAGCACCAGAUGACUUAUCAUAGAGUCUAAAUAAAAUAAAUGAGACCAGAACACUUCCGGGAAACACCACCCUCAUUGGCCUUCAGUGGUAUUGAAACUUUUAAGACACUUUCACUUUACACUGGCUUCAUUUUAGAGCUGAGAUAAUUGCUCCUUGGUUUAAAUGUAGUCCAGGAAUAAAGGAAAAAUUCAAUGAUGAUGUCUGUUGAAAAAAGUGAAUGUCUGGGAAACUGAGUCUGAGUGCACAAGUGCGUUCAUAACUGACAGUUAUGGUACCUGGGAAAAGUACUCAGUCAAAGGUUGAGUGUGGAAUGCUGGACACUUCUUAAACUCAAUGACUGUCGUCAUGGGUACACAGUAGAAGAAAAUUAACUAAACUAGUGAAAUAUGGAAGCCAAGCAUACUGUCCAGAUUAUUUAAGUACUUAGCUUUGUUGCAAAUGACAUGCCUAAUCAAGCAGUUCACUUUGAUUGUAAACUACUAGAAACGCAGCACACGUCCAUAAAACACACAUGCACAGACAUGAGAAGGAAAAGCAAAACUACUUUUUUUUUUAUUAAUAAAACUUAAGUUAAAUUGAACUAGCAAACAGUUUGGACAGCAAUUGCUGUUAAAUGUUGGAAGUAAUGUACAGCCCAGUUGUAUUUGUGUUGUAUUUAUGUCACAACUGUAGUAAAUUCAUUACAAUGGUGUUCAGUUCGAAACAACACAACCAAAAUGAAAUUCAUGCACUGCUUUAGAUAAUACAGUGUACUCCCUUGAAGUUUCCACAAUCAAACAGUCUCAUUUACUCUCAUAUCCUAAUUCACAUAUUUAAGUUAAAAUAAUAGUACUCAUUAUUGCCUUAAAAAGCUGCUUUUGUCAGUUUUACAGAAAUCAUCAGCCAAAAGUAGCAGAGUAUUUUAACUUAGAACCUAAUGAAAUUAUGGAAGCCUUUUACACAAAAAAGACUUGUUCAACAGAGACUUUUUUGUCUCAGCAUUUUAAUACAAGACUCAGUCCUUCCCAAGGAGGAAAACCUACUUAAAAUCACUGUGAGAUUACUAUUACACGGGAAAGGUGAAGUGUGGUUGCAAAGAGACAAAGGCAUUGUCAUAAAAUAAAAUAAAAUAAAAUAAAAUAAAAUAAAAUAAAAACAAGUGAGCUCAAGGGACCUUCUGGAAGACCUUGACAACUAUAACAUUUCCUGAAAACACACCAUUUAGACAUUGUCAGGCAGAACGUCACAUAUUGAUUUAGAAGCAAUGAGAUCCUCUUACCAAUAUGCAAGACAAAUGCACUGUCCCAACUAAGAUGAGCCAUCAUGGCAAGGCUCCUCUUUCUCAUUUAAUGCUGAUGUAAAUGCAUCCUCUAAGCCAUGGUACAGUGGCUUAUUCAAUGUUUUCUAUGUGUGCAAAUGCAAAAAAAAACAAAAACAAACAAACAAAAAAACAGUAUGUGACUCUUCUUGUCUCUUUAUCCUCAACAAUUCCAGAUUUUGUAAUGUUUUUAAUUGAUAUUAGAUAAAUACGUAGCUCUUUGUUUUGCUGAAACACCCUGAGCCAGAUGAAUGAGUGGACUUAAAUGUUUUGUGAGUCAUGGAAUGUACAGGCUGCAUGAAACACUGUUGAAAGUCAUAUCUAUUACUUACUGCACACAGAGAUACAGUGCACAGCCAGUAUGUGGGUGGAAGAGCACAUUGUCCACAAUAUACCACAAAAAUACAUGAAUCCAAUAGUACAAAUGUAAACUUUGCCUACUUUUUAGCUGUUCUGUUAAUACACUUGGAUGCCAGAUGUCAGUGACGUAAAUCACUGAGCAUUUCAGACAAGUGUUUGUUCAGAGCUGACAGUCCCAUGACCCAAAUAAUUUCUACCUUAACCAAUUUAAAGCCUCUGAAAGUCAUUAUUCAGUGUUAAUUUGUAUUACUUAGUCUCUCUUCACUCUUCUUCCCAGUUUUAAACAUGUAAGAACAGCAGUAGGAUUAUGCAACCAGUGCAAGCAAUCAAAUAUGAUUACUGCAUAGUUCAUUUUCACUGUGACUUGUACAUUCAACCCAGAGCUGUGGAUUCAACAGAGAAAAACAGAUGACUAUUAACAACAAUUCAUUCUUUUUUUUCUAACCUCUGUUACUCAAGGGUGUGUGGAGUGGUUGAUGCUACCCCAGCUUGCAUCCCAGCAUGAAAACAAGGGUAAUCAAUCCCUAAAGUUCAGUCCCCAAAUUUUUAUUUGUUUAAAAGAAAUGCCUGUGGUUCUCUCUAUUAUUAGGCUAUCAAAUCUGGAACAUACAGUUGUUUAUACAUAAUGAAACAGGAAUUGGAUUGAGUAAGAAUUUGUGGAAAAGUAACAAUUUGUGGAAAAAAUAAAGAAUGUACCUGAAUUUCCUUUUUAAUCUUAGCCAGACAUGAAUAAAAUUACAUUUUUGUUUAGUUCAUUUGUUUUCUGAUUUGUGUUGUUUUCACUGAAGACAACAUAAUUUUAACAUUUGAAAUAAUCAAGAAUGAAUAUUUUAUACUGGUUCUAAGUUUAUAAUACAAUGGUACAGAGGCCUACAUAUGUUUUCCUGUCUAUUUGGUUGCAAAUGUGUUUUAUUUGGGGAAAUGUAUGUACAGUAUAACAUGGUUUUCAGUUGUUUUUCAAUUUCUCUUUUAAUAACUUAUAUUUUCUCUGAAAGGUAUGCAGUAGGGAUUUAGUCUUUUUAUUUAUGUACAAAGUCACAGUGUUUAAGAAGUGUUCUGUUUGAAGAAUUAGUUCAUUACAACGUGGUAUCAGACAGGUUAUAUUAGGAAAAUGUCUUUGUGAGACCAAAACACCAGCCUCAUAAUGGGGGAGGUCUUUUAUUGGAAUAAAACAGACCAUGAAUACAUUUCACUGCUUACAAGCUAAUGUGUACUGUUAGCCAAUAUCUGCAGUGUGGGAGGUUACAUGUUAGCUUGUUAGCUGACUAGCAUAUUAACAUUAUUUAAUUUAACUUCAGGGCAUUAAAAUGAAACCACCUGUGUCCCUAUCACUCAUUAUAAGACCAAGUCAAAUAUUUUUUGCCACCAGUAAUCUGCAGCAAAUUCUUUCUUUUCAUUAAUGUUGUAACUUUACAGUAUCACAUAAAGCUAUACAUUAAGGCCAGUACUUAUUGCAAACAUAUCAAACAUUAAUGAAUAAAUAAAUGAGGAAAAAUAUCAAACAUUAAUGAAUAAAUAAAUGAGGAAAAAUAAAUACCCAAAUGUGAUACUGUGAUGAACAUGGAUGGCAUACUGUAAGCAGAACUGCAAGCAAAAACUGAUUUUUUUCUUUUUGGUUACUGAUUUUAAAUGUUCUUUGGGCCUUUUGUGGAUCAAAAAUGAUUGAAUGGUGGAAUUACUACAAUCACAUUUCUCUUUAUAGUCCUUUGAGUUUAUUGUAACUCUGUACAAGUUGAUGUCAGGGUCAGAUUCAGAACAGCAGGGCUUGCUCAUCAACAUUUCAGUACAAUAGAUGCCUGCUGAUAGGGAUUCGUACCCUCAUCCUCAGGAUGAAGCGCAAUCAGCCUAAACAAUACUACAAAAACAUCUGAUUAAAAGUCAAAGUAGAAGUUCCUCCUUUAACAAAAGCCUUAAGCGUGGCAUUACCUGAUUUUAACAUGUUGCCAUAGUUUUUCUUAUACUUUUUGAAUUAGACAUGACAAUGUUUUCUGGCUGUGACUUCACUAUUGUUUUGAACCGUAUCAGACUGUCUUUACAAUAUGUUUCAUAUGUAACAUUGUUAUUGUUACAAUCUUAUAAAGGGAGUUCUGAUAAAAAUGUUGAAGAAACUUCA